UAAACAUUUAAUAACCAACAAGUAUGAUAAGUGGAGGCCCGAUUUUAAGCCAAACGUUUGUCUGGAGUUUUUUCAAUAAUUGGUCAUGAAAAUAAUAUUACUUAUAAUAUUAUUCAACAUUUCUUGGGCUCUAGAAAAAACUGAUUGUUUUUAUAAAGAACCCUGCUCAUGCCUGUUUGUGCCAUUUUCAUACUCGGAAAUUUUUACAUAUACUUGUAGUGUAGGACAGGAAAAUUUCAUGUUGGAAAUCAUUAAACAACCAGAUAAUAAUACCAUACAACUAACAACUUUAAAAUGCAAAAACAUGGAAACUUUCAAUGAAAAAUUAAUACCAGAAAUAUCAGUGGGGGCAACAUUAACGGUGGAAUUUGUUUUUUGUCCUGAACCCGAAGAUAAAUUUCAAAGCGUAUUAAGAAAAUUGAAUAUAACAAUUAUGAAUUCAAUAUCAGUACAACCAAAGGAUCUUAAACGGUUUGAUUUGCUGAGUUUUUCAAAUUACCUUCAAAAUGUAUCCAAUUUUGGUAUAGAAAAUACCAAUAUGACAUAUUUAUCUGAAAACUCUACUAAAUAUAUGGAUGAAAUACGGCUACUUAAACUCAGCAAAAAUCACAUAUCAGAAAUAGGAGAAAAUACUUUUUCCAAAAUGCACAAAAUAAAACAUCUAUAUUUGGAUUACAAUAACCUAACAAAAUUGGAAGAAAACACAUUUUCAGAAUUGCAAAGUUUAGAAACAUUGUUACUUGGUUUUAACCAACUUGAAUAUGUAAACGUAAAUUUAUUUUCCACUCUAAAUAAACUCACGCAACUUUUUUUAAACAACAACAAAUUAAAAUUAAUACACCCCAAAACGUUUCAGAAUCAAAAACAAUUACAUCAGUUGAGUCUGGGUUUUAAUCUCCUCACGAAAGAGUCUGUGCUUAUGAAAACGUUUUUGGGGUUAGAUAAGUUGAAGAUUUUGGAGUUGCACAACAAUAAAAUAGAAGAAAUAGGAGUCGAUUCCUUUUAUUAUUUGACUGAGUUGGAAAAUCUUUAUAUAUUCGAUAAUGGGAUUAAGGUUCUACAAAGGGAUAUGUUUAGAAACAAUAUAAAAUUGGAGGAAGUAUUUCUUCAAAAAAACUCGAAUUUGACUCUUAGGGAUUAUACUUUUUCAAAUUUGCCAAAGUUAAUGCAAAUAGAUAUGACCAAUUGUUCACUGCCAGAAUUAACUGAAAAUUUGUUCAAAAACUCAAACAAAAUUAAAACACUGUCCAUAGAUAGUAAUAGAAUAAAAGUUUUGGAUACAUUAUUAUUUACGGAUAAAACAGAAAUAAAUUACUUAUAUCUUGGUAAGAAUAAUAUAGAAAAUUUGCAUCCAGAUAUUUUCAUAAACCUUGUAAAUCUCAAAAACUUGGAGUUGCAGAAAAACAGCAUAAAAUUUCUUCCAGAAAACAUAUUUUCAAACUUAACUUCCUUGCUCGAACUGGAUUUAUCUUGGAAUAACUUGGAAUAUCUGGAAGAUAACUUAUUUCAAUUCACGGUUGCGCUGCAAAUACUAAAACUGGAAAAUAACAAACUAAAAAUAAUCAAAUCAACUCACUUUAACCGAUUACCACACGUUUGGAUGCUAAAUUUAGAUGAUAAUAAGAUUGUUAAUGUUAGCGAUUCUGCGUUUUAUAAUAUGCGCCUACUAUCAGAUUUAAAAAUGGCAGGAAAUUUUUACACUGGACCUAUCAAGUACCUUGUUUUGAGCGAUAACGUCAGAACUGCUGAUUUUAGUCGGAAUUUGUUGAAAGAAAUUCCAUAUUUGACUUACUCUCCGUUUUUUACGUUAUUGAACCUUUCACACAACAUCAUUGAAAAUAUACAGAGUUUCACCAUAGAACCAAAUUUUAAAGAAGUAGUUACAUACGAUUUAUCCUACAACAAAAUAAGAAUCAUAGAUUUUAAAAAUAUUAUAAAAAGUAAAUGGAACACACCACUAAAAUCUAUAUUGACGGGAAAUCCUCUAAGGUGCAAUUGCUUGAACUAUGAGUUAUUGGAAUUCAUAAAUAAAUCCGAUAGAAAAUUACAAACCUUAAUAAUUCAAAUUGAGAAUUUCGUGUGUCAGGGACCAGAAAACCAUGGUGUUGCUAUGCAAAAAUUAAAACCCGAAAUGUUGACUUGUUCUAUACAAAUAAGGAAUGAACCUGAUAUUGGUAUUAAAAAUAAUUCGUGCCCAGACAAAUGUAUUUGUUUGUGGAGGCCAUCUGAUAAGUAUUUUGUAAUUAAUUGUUCGAACCAGUCUUUACUUAUAACACCGUCGUAUAGGGUUCCAGAGAAAAUAUUAAUCAGAAAUAUUACUUUCCCACUUAUUAAUAUUGAGUUAAAUUUAACUCAUAAUUUGUUAACGGAAGUUAAAGUUAACGAUACCAAAGUUAAGAGGUUGUUUUUGUCUUAUAAUAAUAUCCAACAUGUUUGGAUUCCCAAACAAAUAAAGAUUUUACAUUUGGACAACAACAAUUUGCGAAAAAUAAACGAAAAACAACAAAAUUUUCUGAGAAAAUUACCAACUUUAGAAAAUUUAACUUUGGGUGAUAAUCCAUGGGAGUGCACUUGUGAAACCUAUACAUUUCAAGAAUUUUUAUUUAGUAUGGAAAAAAAGAUCGACACGAAAUCAGUUUUAUGCGCCAUUGAUCAGCAGCCAAUAGUACAAAAUAAAAACCUAUGCUUUUCAAGAAAUUUAGUUUACAUUUUUGCUUCCGUCUUCAUAUUUUGCGUUGUUUUGAUAAUAACAAUAUUAAUCGCUCUAUAUUACAAAUACACUUUAGAAAUAAAGGUGUGGCUCUUCGCUCACAACGUGUGCUCUUGGUUCUUCAAUGAAGAAGAAUUAGAUGACAAGGAAUACGACGUUUUUGUAAGCUACAGUUCCCGAGACGAAGAUUAUGUAAUUCACACGCUUUUGCCUAUUUUGGAGCGACAACCCAACCCUUAUGCCGUUAAUUUGCAUUUGAGAAGCUUCAUUCCGGGGGAGUUUAUAACAAAAAACAUCAUCACCGCGGUGAACUGUUCCAGAAGGACUCUGGUGGUCCUGUCGAAUAACUUUUUGGAAAGCGUUUGGGGCAAAAUGGAGUUUCGUACUGCUCAUACGAAAGCUCUAAGCGAUGGAACUUCCAGAGUUAUUAUUGUUAUUUACGGAGAGUUUGAUGAAGCACGCUUGGAUGAUGAGCUUAGAGCUUAUAUGUCUACGAAUACAUAUAUUAAAUGGGACGAUCCUAGGUUCGUUAAUAAGUUACGAUAUGCUUUGCCGCAUGCCAAAUUCAGAGAGAUUUUGUCAAGAGAUGGCACAGAAAAUAUUGAAAUGAGAAUUUAAAAUUAAAUGCCAGCUUUUUUGCCGGAUUUUUUUGCCACUUAUUUUGAAUCCUUUUAAAUGUAAAAAAUACAGGCGUCAAAUAAAUAUUGCCUAUAACUUUUAUAAACUUAAUUAUUAAAAAAUAUUCUUAAGAAAGAAUUAAACCUACACCUCGCUAAAGUUUUUGAGUGCGUUCCACCAACUUCAAAUACCGAGUCGGUAUUACCGUCAGACAGCUGUUUCGACUUAUAUUGGGUCUCUUCAGAGUCGGGCAACUUGGUGUAGUGGAACACACCCAAAACAAAGGACUACCUGAGCUUAUAUACUCCGUUGGUUAACCAACAGAGGCGAGAUGUAAGAACAUCACGUGAUCCACACCGUCUAACGAUGUGGCCGCAAUCGGUACAUACUAUGCAACCAAGACUGCACACGGCAAAUUGUAUCACAGAUACUCAUAUGGACUAAAGGAAUCUAGAAUUAGCCCGACCCACAGUGUUUCAAUUCUCGAAAUUUUCGGCAAAAUAUCAAGGAGUAGUCGGAUUCUCCUAAAAAUCCAAAAUGGCGGACAUAUUCGUCAAAAAAUUGACGGAAUAAAUUGAAAAUCACCAUACAGGGUUUUUGGGGUCGCUGAUAACGAAUCUGGAAUCAGAAUUCCAAAAUUCAAAAUGGUAGAUCCAAAAUGGCGGACAUAUUUGUAAAAAAAAUUGACGGAAUUAAUUGAAAAUCACCAUACAGGGGUUUUUGUGGUCGCUGAUAAUGAAUCUAAAAUCAGAAUUCCAAAAUUCUAAAUGGUGGACCUCAAAUGGCGGACAUUUUAAUCAAAAAAUUGUCGAAAUUAAUUAAAAACCCGUAAGAGGUUCUUUUUAAAAUGUAAAUAAAACAUCUUUUUAUAAAAUAGCUUAAUUUAGUUAAUUAUAAUUACAUUUAUAUGAUAUUAUUUAAUACCUACAUAUAUAUUAAACAAUCUCCGUCACUGGAUUUGCUCGUUGUAUCAUUAGCAGAUCAGGGGAAACCA